AUGCAAGCCCUGCAAGGACUCCUCACAGAUCCCAGCAUAGAGCAGCUGCUCUGGAGGAGCCUGUGGUUGGCUACCAGUAGAAACCCAGCACCAGAUAGGAGUCCUCCUCCCACCUGGGACAGCCGAGCAUCUGCCUUUCCUUCCUCAAUCAGCCUUCUUUCUUCAGAGGGAAGCCUGGAACCCCAGAUUGAGGACCUGAUUCAUCGAAUUAAUGAGCUGCAGCAAGCAAAGAAGAGAUCCAGCGUGGAACUGGGAGAGGCUCAAGCACUUCAGGCGGCCAUGAAUCAGGAGCUAGAUUCCUUGAAUGACGAGAAAGCACACCUAGAGGAGAUCCUGGGCAAAAAGCAAGAGGCUCUGAUGAUUCUCCAGAAGCAUUGCCAAGAGAGAGAAAGUGAGACUCAGUGGUUGAAUGCUAAUGACCAACUGGAGGAGCAAGUGGAGGAUCUAACAAGUCAGCGCAAGGACCUCUGGGAGUUCCAUGUCCUGCAGCAGCGGCUGACCCAGGAGAUCAGCACAAUGGAACACAACCAGGAUCAGCUGCUGACGGAGAGGACUCUGCUGUGUGCCCGACUGCAGGAAGUGGAGAAGAGGCUGCAGAUGGCUAGGGAGGCCCAGAAGCCCCCUGGGAACUGUGGGCUGGAGGAAUUUGGGGGGCAGCCCCAGAGCAUCUCGGAAAUUCAGAAUGACAGGGGAGACAUAGGCACCCAGUGAACAGAAGCAGAGGCUAGAGAGAAGUUGGCCAAAGAGGAGCAGCAUCAUUUGGAGCCAUCAAGAGAGCUGCCAGGCACAGGGAUGCCCUGCUCGGCCAUGAGGACCCACGAGUGCUCACGUCCCUUUAAGGCCUACCGAGA